CCGAGUUAAAGGUGGGAUUCUUAUUAGUCUUAUUAGUAUUAUUUCUUACCCCGAUCCAUUCGACGAUAACCAACCCUAUUGGCUCACCAGACUACUAGUAUGCAACGGCCUCGGGACAACCCCUAAAGGACGCGACGUCUCUCGGCCGGGAGCUGAACGGGCAUCUUACUGAAAAGCUACUGGUCAAUUCUUAUAAGAGGUACUACCUUUCGUACCUAGGUGUACAUAUCUACCCUAAAUACCUACCUACCCAGUACAUACAUACCUACACAAUGACCGCGCCAGCCCACCCCCCCUCCAAGCCCCUCCUGCAGCGCCUCUACCUCACCAUCGGCUUCACCCACGGCUACAACUUCUGGCUCUUCCUCCUCCUCGCCGGGCGCCUCUUCCUCUUCACCCUCUUCCGCCUGCCCUACCUCGACUUCCACGGCGUCUUCUGCGGCUCCUCCCCCUCCCGCGGCGGCAGCAGCACCGACGCCGCCUCCCCCGGCGAGUGCUGGGUCUACCUGCAGCCCGGCACCCGGUACCAAUGGGGGAUCAUAGUGCACCUCGCGACCAUCCUGCCGGCGGCGCUGCUCGCGUGCGUGCAGUUCGUCCCGCUCGCGCGCCGGAGAGCGCUCGCGUUCCAUAGGGCCAGCGGGUGGGUUGUUGUGGUCCUGUCGGUUUGCGGCGCGGUGAGCUCGGUGGUGAUUGCGCCGCGCGCGAUGAAUGGCGGGGUCGCGACGGUGUCGGUUGGGGUUGCGCUGUCGACGGCGUUCCUGUGGGCGCUGGCCCGGGGGUGUGUGUGUGCCAGGCGCAGGCAGAUACAGAGGCAUCGCGAUUGGAUGCUGCGGGCUUGGGCUUAUGCCGGCUCCAUCAUCACCCUCCGAAUUCUCGUCGUCGCCAGCGUCAUAGCCAUGUCCCUGCUCGGCGGCUACCACAGCCAGCAGCCCUGCGGCAAGAUCGACUUCAUCCUCAAGGGCGAGAACGCAACCAUGGCGCUGUACCCGGCCUGCGCCCCCUUUUUCUCCGGGCAGGAUCCCGACUUACACAUAAAAGUGCCCGUGAACGUCUUCAACGGCGAUCGCGUCCAGGUUGCGUCCGCGGUCAAUGUGAGUUUUGGCAUGGCGGGGUGGGCGGCGUUUGUUAUUCACUUUAUAGGCGUCGAGUUAUAUCUUUACUUGACUUCACCGAAGCGUCAGAAUCCUGGCAAGGAAUCUGCAGAAGUGCAAAAGGCGAAGAGCGUGGUGGCGAAGAAGGUGGACUAAAAUAUGGGUCGCUUCUUAGACGUGUAUACUUUUUGGUACUUUGGGGCAUGGAUAUAGGGAUGGAUAGGCGGAUAUUAGUCUGAGAUAUCAGCGCGUAGUUGGGCGAUGGAUACCUGCCUGCC